AUGACUCAUGUGUUUUUAUUGUGCUGCUUGGCAUUUGUUUUGCCUCUAGAAUCCUGCAGGACAUUAUCCCAGGCUGUCAGCAAAGGCAAGCAGAAGGAGUCUGCCAGGCCACACGGAGUAUGUGAUGGUCUCUGCGUGGACAAUUCCCACUGCAGCCAACCUUGCCCUCCAGGCACUCAAGGAAAUGUGGGGUUCUUAUGCAGGAAAAAGAAAUGGCACAAGGUCACUGAUACCUGCCAAACCCUUAAUGCCUUCAACAUCUUUGAGAUGGAUUCACAUUUAGCUCAACCACUUGGAGGAAAUUUAAAAAUACAGGACUAUGCUGAACAGCCUGAGACCAUUUCAGAUAUUUUGAUGCAGAGGUGUCCAAAAGAUUUGUCUUGUGCGAUUAAAAACAUUCAGCAGUCUGCCCGGAUACCGGGAAACAUUGCUGUCAUUGUACAGCUCUUACACAACAUAUCAACAGCACUAUUGGCAGAUGUUGAUGAGGCAAAGAUGCAGAGUUACAGCAUCAUGGCCAACCACAUUCUUAACAGCAAAAGCAUCUCAAACUGGACCUUCAUCCCUGACAGAAACAGCAGCUGCAUCCUGCUACACUCAGUCAAUUCCUUUGCAAGCAAGCUCUUUAUAAGUAAACAUCCCAUUGACAUAUCGGAUGCCUUCAUUCACACCAUGGGAGCCACCGUAUCCAGAGAUGACAAUGGAAAGAAUUUCACUUUUUCAAUGAGAGUCAAUGACACCAGCAAUGAAGUCAAAGGGAGGGUGCUGAUCACUAGAGAUGAACUUCAGAAUGUGCCUUCCCCUUCUCAGAUUGUCAGCAUUGCAUUCCCAACUCUUGGGGUCAUCUUGGAAGCCAGUCGUUUUGAAAGCACCACUGUGAAUGGGCUUGUCCUGUCUGUCAUUUUGCCCAAGGAACUUAAAAGAGUCUCACUGAUUUUUGAAAAGAUCAACAAGUCAGAGAAGAGGAGAACGCAGUGUGUCAGCUGGCACUCCUUGGAGAGCAGAUGGGACCAGAAGGUCUGUGAAAUGGUUCAAGAAGACUCCCAGCAGGCUCUUUGCAAAUGUAGGCCAAGCAAGUUGUUUACUUCUUUCUCAAUUCUUAUGUCAGCCCACACCUUGGAGAGCCCGAUCCUGGUUUACAUCACAUACAUAGGCCUGGGCAUUUCAAUUUGCAGCCUGAUCCUUUGCUUAUCUAUUGAGGCCUUGGUCUGGGGCCAAGUGACAAAGACGGAGAUCUCGUAUUUACGCCAUGUGUGCAUUGUUAAUGUUGCGGCCACCUUGCUGAUGGCUGAUGUUUGGUUCAUAGUGGCUUCCUUGCUUAGCGGUCCAGUGAUACAUCAUAAGGGAUGUGUGGCAGCAACAUUUUUUGUUCAUUUCUUUUACCUAGCUGUGUUUUUCUGGAUGCUUGCCAAGGCACUCCUUAUCCUUUAUGGAAUCCUGGUUGUUUUCCAUACCCUGCCCAAGUCAGUCCUGAUGAUAUGUCUCUUUGCAGUGGGCUAUGGGUGCCCUUUGGUCAUUGCUGUCAUCACGGUUGCUGCCACUGAGCCUGGCAAGGGCUACUUGCGGCCCGAGGCCUGCUGGCUCAACUGGGACAUGACCAAGGCCCUCCUGGCCUUUGUGGUCCCAGCCCUGGCCAUUGUGGUGGUAAACCUGACCACAGUUGCACUGGUGAUUGUCAAGACCCAGCGAGCCAACAUUGGCAGUUCCAUGUUCCAGGAAGUGAGAGCCAUUGUGAGAAUCAGUAAGAAUAUCGCCAUCCUCACACCACUGCUGGGACUGACCUGGGGAUUUGGAAUAGCCACUGUCAUUGAUGAUAGCUCCCUGGCCUUCCACAUUAUCUUCUCCUUGCUUAAUGCUUUUCAGGGCUUCUUCAUCUUGGUUUUUGGAACAAUCCUGGAUCCAAAGAUAAGAGAAGCCUUAAGUGGUCGAGUAACCUCUGCAAAAUGGAUCUCCAGAUUAUCAGAGCACCUUUCUUCUGAAUUCUCUUGUCACCCCACCAAAGGGCCAAGCUAA